GAAAUCAUAAACCAAAAUCGCCGAUUUCAAGAACCACAUAACUUUUUGUGAACCGGAACCACGGUUAAUGAAGCUUAGCCAGGUAUGAGCUGAAUAUUCGACGGUUGAUGUUCAGUUAGAAAGAGAGAGAGAGAAUGGUGUUACAGUGUUGGAGUUGCGCUUCUUAUCCAAACUCAACUCCUCUAUUUUCUCAAAAACUGGUGUUGCCUCUUUCAGAUUUCAAUUGCAAGUACAGUCUUAGCAUGCCCAGAAAGUCAUGUAGCAAGGCUAAAUUCGCUUGCUUCUACAAACUGGGUCUUCAAGAUAUUGCUGAAAUAACUCACAACAAGGUAUUGAUAGCAGCUGGUGUAUCAGUAGCCAUUGGUCAGCUCUCUAAGCCAUUCACUUCCUUACUUUUAUAUGGGAAAGAUUUUGACCUUAAAGCUGCAGUUCAGGCUGGCGGCUUCCCUUCUACUCAUUCCUCAGCCGUUAUAGCUACUGCUACAUGUCUUGCCCUUGAGAGGGGCUUCUCGGAUUCUAUUUUUGGCCUUACAGUGGUUUAUGCUGGCCUUGUCAUGUAUGACGCUAAGCGAGUGAGAAGAGAAGUUGGAAAUCAUGCAAAACUACUAAACAAAGUGCAAUCCAAGACACAACUCUACUCACUGGUCUCCAAGGAUAGAGAUGAUCUGAAAGUUUCUCAACAGGGGGAAGGCCUUGAUUCUUUACUGUCGAAGGAGGGAAGACCUUUUGUGGCAAAAUCAACAAAUGCACCUCUAUUACUUCAAUCAGAAAAUAAAAUGAGACGAGGAAAUCAAAUGCUGAUGUCUUCGAGCACAUCAGCUGACGAACUUGAAGAAGAAACAGGAGAUGCCUUGAAAACUUCAGCCCUGUUGAAAGAAUCCAUUGGCCACACUGAAGUUGAAGUCAUUGCCGGUGCUUUGUUAGGUUUCUUUGUUAGUUUGGAAGUGUAUUGUCACGAAAUUUGAGCUUAGAGGUUAGCCAAGUCGCGCGACACUUAGUUAACUUGCUUGAUGAAGUCGAACUAAAUAAGCAUAGAUGAGAAUUGGGAGAGAUUGUAGGUGAGCAAAGUAGGCAGCAGGGUUUCGGACUUGGGUAGGAUAGAGAGUUGAGAGCACUUGAGCUUUGAAAAUAUGGAGAACUUUAUUGAUGGUUCCAACCUUCCUUUUUUAUGUUCUUGUUGUAUGUUGUGACAGUAUGCUACUGUAUAAAUAUCAUAAUACAGAGACUUUUCUUUCUA